AUGAGCUGGAAGAAUGAGGCUGUUCAGACAGAAGAAGAGGCACGGGACUCUGAAGAUGCUUCGGGUGAAUCGAUUGCCUCAAAGAGCUCGAGAAAUGCAGCAGACUUUUACCGCACAUCCCCUGUCGCCGAUCCCCGUAUUCACAUCUUGGGCGUCGAAGGUGUGGGACGCUUCAUUGCGCAUGCCUUGAGGAACAUUCCAAAUGCGCCUCCAGUCACCCUCCUUUUUACCCGAUAUGACAAGUUGGAGGAUUGGAGCCAGUCCUCGCAACGCCUCACCUUGGUCACAGAGGGCGACGCAGAGAUUUGCGACGGGUAUGACGCCGAAUUGAGCAUUCCCCGCAUACGAUAUCAUGGCAAAGAAGUCGGAUUGAACACUGGCGAUGCGCCAGACAACGUGACCAGCACAGAAGAAUCGCACGAGUCACAGCCGCAGAUACUACCAGGAGAGUCAAGUGAGCCUAUCAGUUCGUUGAUUAUAUGCUCCAGGGCAUACCAGGUCUUGCAGCGCCUGUCUGCUGUCAAGCACCGCCUCCACAAAGAUUCGGUCAUCUGCUUCUUCUACAAUGGAAUGGGGGUUGUGGAGGAAGUCAAUCGUGAGAUCUUUCCAGAUCCAGCCACGAGACCACAUUAUAUGCUAGGCGUCAAUUCACAUGUCAUCAAGAGCACCUCGAGCGACCCCUUUACGGCUACCCACGCAAGCUUUGGAACCAUGUCCUUGGGCAUCUUACCCAACGAGCGCAAUCGAAACCCAGAUUCUCCUUAUCUUCCAAGAGCCAAGUUCACAGCCACCAGUAACAAGCCCAUCGAGCCCAAGCCGCCGUCAGACAUCAAUCCAGCCUAUCCUCCACCCAGCUCCACCAACUUCACCUGGACACGCACCGAACGCUACCUUCUGCGCACACUCCUGCGCACCCCCACCCUCAGCGCCGCAGCCUUUUCACCCCCAGACUUGCUGCAAAUGCAACUCGACAAGCUGGCCAUAGACUGCAUCAUCCACCCCCUAACCACCAUGCUCGACGCCCGCAACGGCACCCUCUUAAAUAACUACGCCCUCACCCGUACUAUGCGCCUCCUCCUCUCUGAAAUCAGCCUCGUCAUCCGCUCCCUCCCCGAACUCCAAUAUAUCCCCAACGUCGCACAGCGCUUCGAUCCGGGCCGUCUGGAAACCAUGGUCGUGGGUGUGGCGAACAAGACGCGCCACCAUGUUUCGCCUAUGCUGACAGAUGUACGCACGGGAUGGCAAACAGAGGUUGAGUACAUGAAUGGCUGGAUUGUCAACAGGGGCGAGGAGUUGGGAAUUCGCUGUCUGAUGAAUUAUAUGAUGGUGCAGAUGGUCAAGGGGAAGAGGAUGGUGGUGCAGAGAGAGAUUGGCGAGGAGGUCCUGUUCUUGGGCGGGGGUGGGGAGGUGUUUGUUAGGAAGGAUGAGGUGGCGGGAGGGAAGAAGAAGGAGUAG